UCUAUGUUUUUUGUAGUCUAUCGGUAUCUUUUUGUAAAUAUUUAUGUUGUCAUGCUUGUUGAUGAUGUCAGUUAAUGAAACAGGGUGGUUCGUGAUUUUUUCUUAGUAUUGAAUACACGUAUGUUUGAUACGACAUACAAAAAUUUCGUGUGAUUAUCAUACCUUACCUUUUUUGUGUGAACACAAUUUGGGUACUUAAUGGCGUUCACGGUAGAACAGACAUGAUUUAAAAAAAAAAAAAAAGGAUUUUAACUUUUUUAUUGUGGUGUUUGAAAUGUUGCCUGGUAUCGGCGUUUUUGGAACUGGCAAUGUGGUUAAGGUGAUAGUGCCGUUUCUGCGCGACAAAGGCUUCAAGGUGGAAGCGAUAUGGGGCAGAACCCUGGCCGCCGCCGAGGAAGUGGCCAAGGAACUGGAGGUUCCCUUCUGCACGAACCGGAUGGACGACGUGCUGCUACGCAAGGACGUGGACCUGAUCUUCAUCAUGUGCUCGCCGAACCUGCAGGCGCAGAUAGCCGUGAAGGCGCUGGGCAUCGGCAAGCACGUGUUGUGCGACAAGCCCGCGGGGCUGUGCCAGGGCGAGGCGCUCAAGAUGGUGCGCGCGGCGCAGUACUACCCGUCCCUCAUCUCGGUGGUGAACCACAGCCUGAGGUUCCUGCCCGCCUUCUGCCAGAUGCGCCGCGCCAUCGCCGAGGGCUACGUGGGUGGCGUCCGCGAGAUCACCGUGUGCGACGUGCGCGUGCAGAUGGGCAGCCUGCUGCACGACUCGUACGACUGGCUGUGCGACGCCACCAUGGGCGGCGGCAUCCUCACGCUCGUGGGUAGCCACGUGAUCGACCUGGUGUCGCACCUCACGGAGCAGCGAGCCGAGCGCGUGCACGGCGUGGUCAGGACCUUCACCAAGACCACGGAGCACGUGAGCGGCAUCCGCCACGUCUCCAGCCCGGACUUCUGCAGCUUCCAGCUGGAGAUGAGCGGCGGCACCCUGGUCACCGUCACGCUGAACAGUCACCUGCCGGGGCUGUUCCACCAGGAGGUGCUGGUGUGCGGGCGGGCCGGGCACCUGGUGGUGCGCGGGGGAGACCUGUACGGCCGCAAGGCGGGGGCCUCCAAGGAGGACGUGAUAUACCUGGACGUGGAGGACCUUCAGCGCGGUGCCCCCGUGGACUCGACCGCGGCGAGCAUGAUCCCGCGCCCGUACAUGAAGGGUCUCUUCAAGAUGAUCGGGGCCAUGCGGAAGGCGUUCCUGCCGGUGGAGGACAAGCGGGGCUGGGUGAAGGAGCCGGUGGCACUGGCGGCCACCUUCGAGGACGGCCUGUACGUCCAGGCGGUCAUCGACGCCCUGAAGAAGUCCAGUGCGAACCGUGAGUGGGUCAAGGUGAAUAUCAUUACUGAGGAGCCUGACCCGAACCCCGUGCUGAGUGCUGCUGUGAGGCGUAGUGCUAUCUCCAUGUGAUGGCUGGCGGGACUAAACCAUCAGUAACCUUGUAGGCAUGGUACUUAACUUGUUGGCUGUGCUGUUACAUGCUAGUAUUCACCAUUUGUAUUUGGCAUGUGUGAGUCAUUGUACGUCACUGUAAAUACCACCACACACUGCUACCUACAAUAACAAUAUAAUAUAUAAGGCACACUUUCCAGAAUUAACUUGAAAAGUUACUGAUGCAUAUGAAAGCAUUCUGGCAAGUUAAUGUUUUAGUUUUCUUAAGUUGCUGCAUAUAUUUUUUAUUUAUUUAUCUUAGCCAGUAGGUUAAAUGUGCAUAAUUGCCAGGAGACUGAAAGCCUGUUCUGCAGCAAGAGGGCAGCUCGUCAAGGGCUGAGGCACAACUGGUUUUGAACCAUUCAAUUGGCAUAUAUGGACAGGCAUUUCACUGCUACACUAAAGCUUUUACUGUUUGCUAACUUCCCCCCCUUGUUUUUUCUUAAUUAAUGUUUAUGUAGCAAACAAGUAAGUUGUUUCAAUUUUAAUUUAUGAAAGAAAGUUUUGUUGGCAGUAAAUAUGCAGAAUACUAAUUUUAAACAUUUUCUUGCUGUAAGUAUUUAAUCUAAAGUUUAUUACUUGCCUUUGUGUUUACAAAUUAAGUAAUAGCUUUUGCUAUGAGUAUAAACUGUGUAUAAACUAAUUCUGUUAAAAAUAGCUGAUAAUUGCUUGUCAGAGAUAACUAACACCACUGUAAUACUAUUGAGCUACCUAUCUCAUUUGUCAAAGGCUGUAAUUUGCAAUCAACUAAUUGGCUUGUACUUUUUCUACAUACAGCAAGCUGUUGGUAGUGGUUGCAUAAAAUGUUUCUACUAACGGGUCUGUCUAAUAAGGGUGGAAAUACCUUGUUAGAGGUGUGCAUGUGCGAGCGAGGGCAAAACGAUCAAGUUGACUUUUGCAUUUGUUAAGUUAUUACAUGUGCGAUUUACCUUAAAACUGCUAUAUGUUGAAGACAGAAAACAGAUUUUUUUUAAUAAUUUAAAGAUAUGAAAAUGAAUCACCACUUUUUAAGCUAGGUGUGCAUCUGGCAUUGAACUUGUUAAUAUUUAUUAGUUAUUCAAAAAGUCUGUUCUUAACCUAUAUACUAAGUAGGCCUGUCCUUACACACAUGAGAUUGUCCUUGAAUACUAUUAUGCCCACAUGAAGAUCUCAGACAGAAACGGAUCCAGGGGGGUAUGUAUCCCCCCCCCCCCUUUUCCCUACACAGAAGGGUAAGAGAUGUCAUGGUUAAAAAGACUUAUUAAGUUAUUAAGUAAAUUUUGCCUUCCUUUAUAUUAAAUACUUACCAAAGAUGGAUGUAUAACUAUAAUUAACUUAGUCGCAAUCCAAUACUUACAAGGCCAUAGUCAGGGAGGGGCCAUGGCCCCCCUCCGAUAAAGAAAUUCAUAAACCACCUUAAAAUAGGUAACAAAUAUAAAGUUCAAUUUAUGGUCACUGAAUAUGCAAAAUUAUUUAGAGUAUGCAGCCUCCUCUUUGAACAUGUAUUAGAACACAAUCAUAAGCAGUAUGUAGUACAUAGUGUAAGUGUCAUGUUUGAAAGAAAGCAUUUACAGGUCAUCAGAUAGCCAAAAAUGCACACUAAAGCAUCAUCUUUUAAAAAACUUUUGUGGGGGAGGAACAUUGGACCAGCCACUUUUCUUAGUAAAGUGGGGAGUGAAGAGGGGGGGGGGGGGGGGCAUUCCAAACUUACCUCAGACCCCCAAAAACAGGGUUAAAAAUGUAUUCUUGAUAUAGCUUCAUUUGACCUCCCUCCCACAAAUCCUAGCUACGCCUGUGAAUUCCUAGAUCCUGUUAUUACUAUGUAGACACUAAGUCUCAUUCCCCCGAUUUUAUUGGAGAGAGGGUACUCAGACUUGGAGUGCCUUCCCAGAAGUCAGCCCUGGCAUGCUGAGUGGCCCACUUGAACUGGUUUUGUUCUGGUGCGAAGCCUUUACUGCAGACAAACACUGGUGCAGUUGUAGGCCGCUUACAUCUUUGCAGCUCGCAGUUUCGAGAAUGACGUAAAGAGCACUUGCGAUAUCUGUGGUAACAUUCCUGACUAUCUGCGCACUUGCACUGUGGACAGGCACUGCUCCUGUUGGUUAUUUUGUAUUAUGUUAAGUGGUGGAUCAGGGCCUGAUUGCAUUAUUGAUUGGUUAAUAGUUUAUUCUCAUGUGAUGGUAAGACUAGUUGUGUGUUGAGAAGAGUGAGUGGAAAUUCAAGUGGAAAAAAAAAAGUACUUAUUUUGUAGCUUGUUAGCUGCAAUGUUAUACAUGGGUCGCUGCCUCGGUGAGACACCUGACGCAUGUGCCAGUUACAUCUUUGAUGGACCAUCCUGUAUGCCUGUUUGAGUGGUCUAGAUCUACCCAUUCUCUUCCAUUAGAGACAUACGUACUUAGUUGUUCAGUGUCCAGAAGCAUGAGUUGUGCUAGGGGCUUGUGUGUCUGACUCACCACCUCUAAGUGCGAGGCACUUAAUGGGACUUGACUUUAUCACAUUUGAGGUGACGAUCCUUUCAUUUGAUGGUAUAGCAAUAUACCUAGAUUAAGGUAAUACAUGUUCCUAUGACAAGGCAUUGAUUCCUUACCAGUAGCCUAUUUUAAUAUGUAAAAGUGUGAAAGAAAACUUAUGUCAACCAUAUUCAGUCUCAAAAAAUAUAAAUUUAAGCUAUACAAUUCUUGAAGAUAAUUUGUAUUACUUAUGUUGGGAAUGUUUUAUUUUUAAACCAGAAGAGUUGAGACUCAAUGUAGUUUCCGAAGUUGUGAUGAGCUGCAUAUUAGAGAUGUGCUUGUACACAUUAUCAGUCCAAACACAGUUUGAAUGUGUCAAAGAAUAAUUUUUUUAAUUAAUGGCUAAACUUUUGGUAGAACAGAACAUGUCAUAAGUGUAGGGGCUCAUACCUGUGCUUAAGUAAGCACUUUCGACAACUAAAACAGUCUGAAAUAUUGAAUAGAAAUUUUCUUUUACAUGACAAUAUUUGUAUAUGAUUAUUUUGUAAAAAUUAAUUAUAGUGUUUGGACAGUUACCGUAAUUACAAUUCUCGAUACUUGUUAGGCCGUACUGUUUUCAGCAAGAUAAUCUCAAUAUUUUUAAUACUUUUAAUAAAAAGAAUGGCUAUAGUUUAUUAUGCAUUAAAAUUUUAAUAAAUAAUUUUUAAUUUUGUAAAGAUUAUUUAUAAGAAUAAAAUAUGUACAUCAAAAAUAACGCUGAAUAAAAUGUACUUAUAGUGGUAAAGUUCCACAGAGUUAUAAAAUUUUUAUAGAGAAAAACCAGCACGACUUUUCAUUUGAAAUGAAGUCUUAUUAAUUUCUUGUUGUCAGUAAGUUCAGCUAAACUCAGACUCAGCAGUAGCUGGUGGAACACUUAGGCCCUAUUGCUAGCUAUCAUAGGCAACAAAACUCAUGUUGAUUCUUUCAGGUAUCAAGUAUCAAGGCAUCAACAAUAUGAGUUGAUAUGUUGCCAAUGAACUCCAUUGUGAAGUCAUAACACCUAAAGAAUGCCAAUUUGAAGGAAAUUUAUUUUGUACAUAUUUUGUUAGAGUUUGUAAAAUAUAACAUAAUGUAUAGUAUACAUGGUGUUUGAAGUAGUAUGUAGGUGCUGUUUUUAGUAGUACAUAUUUUGAAUGAUUCUUGCUGUGGAAAGGUUGAUUGAACAUGAUAUCUUGUAUCAAGGCAUCAACAAUAUGAGUUGAUAUGUUGCCAAUGAACUCCAUUGUGAAGUCAUAACACCUAAAGAAUGCCAAUUUGAAGGAAAUUUAUUUUGUACAUAUUUUGUUAGAGUUUGUAAAAUAUAACAUAAUGUAUAGUAUACAUGGUGUUUGAAGUAGUAUGUAGGUGCUGUUUUUAGUAGUACAUAUUUUGAAUGAUUCUUGCUGUGGAAAGGUUGAUUGAACAUGAUAUCUUGUACGCACCAUUGCUGGUUUAGCUGGUUGUCGUAUCAAGAAUACAUAUGUCUCCUUUUAUCGAAAGAGGAUCUAAUUUGUUUACAAAGCUAUUGCCAACCAACAACCUUUGCAGCAUGACCCAGCAAGUAACAUCAGCUCUUAGGUGCGUGACCAAUCAGGGGAGUGCUUGCCUGUCAUUGGCCGUGGCAAGAGAGGAGGUCAAACACAAUAAAACCCCUGUUUUCCAGCGUCUACAAUCAGAGUUGGUGCUUGAUUGGAGCAGAUUUCAAAUCCUGAAAUGUCGCAGCUUAUUUGUCAUAGAAAUACUAUUGUAUUAGCCGUGCUGCCGUUGUUGUGUCCAGAUUACACUUUAAGUUUCAUCGCUGGGUUUAUCUGUGCAUUGCUGUAUUGUCAGAAGUUGAUUUUCUGCAUUUACUGUUCUUGUUGUAACUGUUUCGUCUUUGUCAGCUUAUUGUGUUUGUCUAUGUCAUUUUUUCCUGCUAGAUUCCUUCCACAUUUCUCUCUGUUGUCUAGGCAUGCAUAGCCAUGUAACAUCUGACAUUAACUGAUAUUGGCUUGUUCUGUUGUGUUUUUAUGUAUUCAUCUUUUUUUGUCCAUUCUUGAGAAUUUUCUAUGACAUUAGUUUAUACCAGGAAUGGUAUAUGCGAAAGAUAUUACUAGGUUUAGAUUUCUUAACGAUCAAGAAAUGGUCUCAAUCAUUUGUUUUGUUACUUACUACAGAUUUGCACCCUUUAUGGGCAGAUGUCUCAAGAAGAUAUAUGCUACUGCUGUGUAGAAUUUAUGUUACAGUGUCUAGUUUUUUUUUUUUUUUUUUAAUGUGAAUGGUUUAUAUGAUUAAGUUACUAGGCUCUGGAUAGCUCUACUAUAGAUUGCAGGGAAAACUGGAAUCAUUGUAGAGUAACUGGAUUUUUUCCUGUGUCACUAUUUUUGUAAAACGUUUUACUUUUAUAUUAUGCGGUAGGAACUUUAGUACCGCUAUAACAGGACCUAAAUGAUACUGGCUGCUAUAAUUUAUUAUGUUAAAUCUCAAUAAAUGACCCAAGAUUGUUAUGAUAAAAUGUUUCAUGUAUAAAUUUGUGGUUUUUAGUAUUUACUCAUGCACAUUUAUGAAUAUAGUUAUAAAUAUUUCUCCAUAUAUUGAUAUUGAGAUGGUUGUGUAAAAAUACAUAUGCACUUGUGUAUUUUCUUACUUCACAAUUAACUGUGUGUUAAUAGUACCCUGUUAGUUAACUUGUUACAAUAUUGUGAAAUCAAAAUAUAGGCACCACAUUGCAGGGUAUUAUUGGGUUCUAUUAUGUUUCAUAGUGCUCUCUUUAUUCACAAAUAUUAUUCUUAAAGCUGGAAAUAGCCACUUAACACUUUCAUAAUCUGGCUGGUUUUCAUUUUAUUCAUAUUUUGUAAAUGUUUAUCAAUAGUGAUGUGUGAUAGGAAAGCCUUAGAAAAUUUUAUAUAUGAUAUACCAUUAAAUGCUAAGUUAAAAUAUCAAAUUUAUAUAAUUAAUUUUUUUAAGUUUUGUACUUUUUUAACAUUCGAAAGUUAUUUUGAAAUGAUUCAUUUUCUAAUGCUUUCACGGGUAUUGUUUCCUGCGGAUGGUGUAGCAGUACACUAUAUAAUCUAUCACAGCCUAAACUCAUCUGUGUUAUCUUGUUUUCUAAAUAUUUCUUCUUAAAAAAUCAGCAAUUAGUGAAAAACAAAAAUGUCAAUAUGGCGUGUGAAGCGAAUGCUUAAGGGGCCCUACCAGUCAGGGUUGUAUCCAUGCCAGAGAGGCAGGAUGAUAAUUGCGACGCUCGCCGGUGCUCCUAGCGCUGUGUCUCCUCUACCGCAAGGCUGUGGACUGGCCGAGAUAUCAAGAUAAAGGUGUAAAUGCAAGUCCUUUGAAUGAAUGCUUUCAAGAAUCUGUACCAGAUAUUUCAUGCCUAUAAAUUGUCCUUAAAACACGAGUUUUUGCUAUUUCAGCUCUUUUAAAAAUACAUUUUAAAAACAAAAUACAGAAAAAGAAAUCCUCAACUGCUCUCAGCAAAUUCAUAAAUGUUUUUCUUAAACAGGACCACACUGAUUGCUUGGUUUCAUCUGAAACUCUGCGCACCAUAUCUGUGCCCAGGUAGGCGGGGCCCUUAAUGGUGCGGGAGGGCCUUCAAUGGUGGUUGUUGCCGUGGCUUCACGCUCGUGUGGCAAGGGUCAUGGGUUCAAUCCCAGCACCCGGCAUGUCUCACAUUGACUCGUGUGUUUCUGAUAUCCACUGUAUGUGCAUAACUGUGUGACAUUUAAAUAUAUCAUAUAAAAGGACAUGAAAUAAAAAAAAAAUAUUAUUAUUUAAAUGGAAUGGGUUUGAGUUAGUUUGCAAUGUGAAAUUUUCUACUAAUAUAAUAAAGAAAUCACGUGAAAUUGCUGUGGAAGACUGUGGGUACUAUCAACUACUUUCCUGCACAGGCCAUCUCGUUGCUCCUUCGUGCCUUCACUUGUGGCCUGCAUUACUGCUCGCGUACGAGAUGCAUUCUGCACAUUGCGAAACAUGCUGUGAGGCAAGAGGGGACGAGAACGGGCUCCAACCCCUUUAGUCAGUGAUAACAACUUAAAGCAGUGCUCACAAGACGGCAACUACAGGCAAGGACAGCAGGAGGAUACGCAGAAUUUCAUUUCGGAAGGAGGAGGGAAUAGAACCUUUUUGCUCGCUUUUUGCAUUCAAAUUAUUCCUUUUGUUGGUGGGAAUGAUAUAUUUUUAAAGAUUUCUUAGAAUUUCAAGGGGGGGGGGGGGCAUAUGUACCCCUUAUCCUCCCUCCUCCCUCUUCCUGCACACAAAAAGGUACAAGUAGGUUUUACAUCAUGUAGUUUUGCAUAGAGGCUUCAGGCGAAUGGACCUCCAAGAUUAUAGUGGAAUCUGAACCUCUGGGGUGUAGACUCUGAGCUUGUGAAUGUGAGUCAUGCCACCAGGUGUUGGCAUCUCCACACCGUAUGAGAGUGACGUGUUAGCGAUCAUGGCCAUAAUGUCCCUUGAAACAUAGUCACUGAUGGCUUUGAAACUACAGCAAAGUUCUGCUGAUCCGUACUGAUUGGAAUUGAGAGCUGGUCGGAUUACCAUAUUUUCAGAUUAGUCAAAUUAUUGCAGUAAUGCAACACCAUGUAGUAAAGUACAUUUCUAUAAGCAUUAAGUUAUCACAUAAUACUACCUAUAACACUUUUACAAUUACAAAAUCACUAAUCAUUUUGAUAUUGGGUCAAGAGAUCAAAAAUAAUUUUAAAAUUCAGAAAACCAAAGUUUUUUUUAAAAUAAUUUUUUUUACUAAACUCGCUUGGAUUAGCCAGAUUUUCGAAUUAGUAGGACUCCUUUGUAGUUUUUCUACACCCUCUGUGAAAAUUUUUUAUUUUACUAAUUUGUCUGGGUAAUGAUCAAUAUAUAUGCUUUUAACAUACAUUUGGAGAUCCAUUUUUUUGUAUUGGUUAUAAUUAGAGAGACAGAAAUUUCGCAGAUUCUUUUGGUUGCGAUGUAAACUGCAAACAUGUUUACCUCUCCAUUGCUUUGCUGAUUGGAUCUCUGUGUCUGCAGACCAGUCAACCAUCAGCUGGCAGGAGGGUGACUGAACCAAAUCAACCCAUUCAAAAGACGGGGAAAUUUUAUAGUAAUGAAUCAGCCAGUAGGAAAGCCUGUAUGGGUAGAAUUUUAGACUCGCAUCAUAUUUAUCCGCAAAAAUUACUGGGUUUCUAGUUGUUUAUAAUGAUGAUAGGUAAGUUUUUAAAUGUGAUUUUUUUUUUAGUUUAGACUCAUGUCUCUUUAAAGAACAAUAAAUCUGUGUUAUGGCGUUUUUCAAGGUAUUCAAGACCUCGAGACUUAUUAACAGAGAAAUGUUUUUAAAAGGGUAUAAUUGUACUAUUUAAACUUAUUAUGUAGGAAAAUUUCUUAAGUGGUAUUUUCUUAAGAGGGAUUAUUUACUGUAUCUCACAUGACUGUGUGCAUCUCGCCAGAGUUCCACAAGGAUGCGAGUAAAAGGUUCUCAUUAUUAGCCAUGCCUUGUGCUGGUCGCUGGAUCUCAGUGAUGUACUUUGUGAAACUACAUUCCAUUGUUUUUAUUUUAUUGUCUUAGAUUGCGUGUGUAGUUUUAUGUCGCUAUAUUUUUGUAUUCUUCAUUUGUUGUACGUAACUUUGUUUUACUAUU